AAGCCCCACAAAAGCCGGGCCAUCAAUUAGGACAGCGACGUCGCCAUCUCUGCUCGUUUCGGCCCCGCGAAGGUAAGACGAAGCAGGGAGCACCGGCAAGGGGGUAGUAAACUCGAUCCCGAUCAGCUGCUACUAAUACUGGCAGCGUGCUUAAUUAGUUAGGUGGAGUCUCCUCAGGCGCCAGCUCAUCGCAAGCCAUACACACACUCUCCCGCUCAAACAACGCGGUCUGGCUAGCUGCCUCCUCACCGCACCUGCAUGCGCGCGGCGCCGCGCUCCUCUCCUCUCUUCUCCGAUGGAGAGAUCAGCUUUUCACCAUGGCGGACCUCACGCUUCUCCCCCGCUUCUUUACCAACCCAUAUAUACCUCCCAGCCUCCUGGCCUCAUGCCGGAUCUCACGCUUCUAGUUCUCCUUGUGCGCUUCUUGACACCUCUACCUACCUUAGCUCUCCUCUUUCAGACUGCCAGUACUCCACUGCUGCCCACAGCGCGCGCGCACACACACCUCGAAACGACGAGUACUUAACGGCUUACCCACCCGGCAUACACCUGCGCGCACCAUAGAUUUGCUAGGUUCAUAGGCGCACUGCAGCUCUGGCAUGUGUGUGUAGGUGUGUGUGAAUAUAUAGAGGGGCGUGCCCUAAUGGUACAUGGCUGAGCAGCCUUCUGGAGCCUCCUCGUCUGCUGCCGGUGCUGCUACUCCUCAGCUGCAAGUGCAAGCUGCUGCUGAACCGGCGACCGAGCUUUCCCCGGGUGCUCCUGCCUCGCCCCAUUCCCCGCCGGUUCACCUAGGCGAGACGGUGGGGACAACGACGGCGUUGGCGGCGACGAGCUCCGGGGAGCCGUCGCCGCGGUCCACUGGGAAGCACCCCUUCUACCGCGGCAUCCGGUGCAGAAACGGCAAGUGGGUCUCGGAGAUCCGCGAGCCGCGCAAGGCGCGCCGCAUAUGGCUCGGAACUUACCCGACGGCCGAGAUGGCUGCCGCGGCCUAUGACGUGGCCGCCCGCGCGCUGCGCGGCUCCGACGCCGUGCUCAAUUUCCCCGGCGCCACCGCCUCGCGCCCGGUCCCCGCGUCUGCCUCGCCGGAGGACAUACGUGCGGCCGCAGCCGCAGCCGCGGCGGCCGCCCAGCUUUACAGGCCGCACGGCGGCGAGACGCCUGAUGGCAGUGCUUCGACUGCCGCGACAGCGGAGGAGCAGAGACAUCACGGCACAAUAACAAGCGGAGGCGCCGCCGAUGACCGCACGCCGCAGCAUCAGAUGGGCAAUGAGGACUUCAUGGACGAGGAGGCGAUCUUCGAGAUGCCGCAGAUGCUGCGCAACAUGGCGGCGGGUAUGAUGAUGAGCCCGCCGAGGCUGAGCCCCACCGCCUCCGACGAGUGGCCGGACCCGGCGGGGGCCGGGGAGAGCCUGUGGAGCUACCACGAUCCCUAGUGAGUAUUUUGCAUUGGCUUAAGACAUGAUGACCGGUGAGCUGGUUGGUACGUGCUCCAGUACUAUACCAGUUACUAAACCUAAUUAAUCCGGAGUACGGCAGUGGAUGUGGAUACAUGGCGGGGCAUCGUCCUCUAUCUGGUAUAUAUGCGUGCGCCAUAAUAGUGGUAUCA